AUGAAGAAUCUGAUUUCUCUGCUCGUUUGUUUUCUCCUCUUUCCGACGAUUAAAUCGAGAGUAGCUGAUCAAAACGAGGAAGUUUUAAAAGAGGUUAGGGUUGGAUUGGUGGUAGACUUGGGUUCCACGGAAGGAAAAAUCCUCGAGACUUCUUUUGCCUUGGCACUUUCAGACUUCUAUCGCAUCAACAACGAAUAUCGAACCAGAGUCUCUGUUUUAGCAAGAGACUCUCAAGGAGAUCCUCUCCUUGCCUUUGCCGCCGUUACAAACCUUAUCAAGAAUGCAAAAGUGGAAGCUAUUAUUGGUGCACAAUCAUUACAAGAAGCAAAGCUUCUUGCAGCAGUUAGUGAAAAAGCUAAAGUUCCGGUAAUAUCACUUCUUGUUCCAAACUCAUUAUCUUUGAACAAGUAUGAUCACUUUAUUCAAACCACGCACGAUCCAACAUCAGAAGCUAAGGGUAUAACAAGUCUCAUACAUGAUCUAAAUCAGACAUCGGUUGUGGUUAUAUACGAGGAUGCUGAUGACUGGAGAGAGAGUUUACAAACACUUGUGGAGCAUUUUCAAGAUGAAAGAGUCAGCAUCGAACGUACAGCUUCUUUGGCGGAAUCAUCAUCAGGAGAAAACCAUAUGAUGAACCAGCUAAGGAAGCUUACUAAGGUCUCAAGAGGAGCAGCUUUCGUGGUGCAUAUGUCAGAGAAUCUUGUUUCUCGCCUCUUACAUUGUGCGGAGAAGUUAGGUCUGAUGGAACAAGGUCAUGUUUGGAUUCUCACCGCAAGAUCCAUGCAUCAUUUUCAUUUCACUGAUCAUUUUGCAACUAGGUCUAUGCAAGGGGUGAUUGGUUUCAGAUCCUACGUUCCAGUAUCAUCAGAGAUUAUGAAUUUUACUUCAAGAGUGAUAAAUGCAUUGAUGGAUACUAAACGUUAUAGUGUAUGGGCAUACGAUGUUGCUCGUAUUCUAGCAACCGCAGCUGAGAAGAUGAGUCUAAAAACAUCUGAAAAUGUAUCGUCAAACCUUCUUGAGACAAUGAGGCAGAGUAGUUACAAGGGUUUGAGUCAUGGUGGUGACAUCCAAAUGGUUGGCAACAAGUUUAUUUUAGGUACAUUUGAAAUUGGAACAAGGGAGAGAAGGAUAGGGUUAUGGAGUUGUGAUAGUUUUUGUGGAAUAAGAAGAGAUGUCAUGGCUUCUUCAACCAAUGAUCUUGAGAUCCCAAGACACCGUUUUCUGGAAGAGAAUGGUGAAACUAAGAAGGUUCUUAGGGUCUUAGUACCAGCAGGAAACAAGGUUCCAAAUCUAAUGUCCAUGCGUCUUGAUCCUGAAACAGGUGUCUACACUGCCACUGGAUUCUGCAUAGAAGUUUUCAAGACUUGCAUUGCUCCUUUUAACUACCAGCUAGAGUUCAUACCUUAUAAUAACGGAAGCUAUAACAACCUUGCUUAUCUACUCUCUACUCAGAGUGACAAAUAUGAUGCAGCUGUUGGUGAUAUCACAAUCACUUCCAACAGAUCUUUGUAUGUUGAUUUUACUCUGCCUUUCACAGACAUUGGUAUAGGAAUCUUGACGGUAAAGAAGAAAAGCCAAGGCAUGUGGACUUUCUUUGACCCUUUUGAUACAUCCUUGUGGCUAGCAAGUGGAGCUUUCUUUAUCUUGACUGGAGUUGUUGUUUGGUUGGUUGAACGGUCCGUUAAUCCGGAGUUUCAGGGUUCUUGGGGACAACAACUUUGUAUCAUGCUCUGGUUUGGAUUCUCAACCAUUGUCUUUGCUCAAAGAGAGAAGCUGGUGAAAAUGUCAUCAAGAUUCUUAGUCAUAGUUUGGCUCUUUGUGGUUUUGAUAUUGACAUCAAGUUAUAGUGCAAAUUUGACAUCAACCAAGACCAUUUCUCGCAUACAACUUAACCAUCAGGCGGUUUUCGCCUCUACCACUUUAAAUAAUAUGAAGCUUGGAUCCAUUAAUGCAGUAGAGGCAUAUGCUCAAGGUCUGCGUGAUGGAACUCUUAGUCAUAUUAUCAAUGAGAUACCGUAUCUCAGUCUUCUUCUUGGAUACUAUCCAGAUGCUUUUGUAAUGACAGAUAGAGAGAGUAGUACCAAUGGAUUUGGCUUUAUGUUCCAAAGAGGUUCAGGUUUGGCUACUAAUGUUUCAAGAGAAAUCGCGAAGCUAAGGUCAUUAGGAACUUUGAAAGACAUUGAGAAGAGAUGGUUUCAGAAGCUGGAUUCAUUAAAUGUACGUUCCAACGCUGAAGAUGUUGCAUCUCUUAAUGACGUCGAUGAAGCAUCUAAUCGGUUUAGCUUCCGUGAGUUGCGAGGGUUGUUCAUCAUUGCUGGGUUUGCUCAUGUUCUUGUAAUAUCCCUGCAUCUCGUUCAUAUGCGUCAGGUGAUACUCACCAAACUACAAAGCUUCUACUAG